CAAAUACAAUUUUCGAUCGGUCACUGCGUUUUUUUUCAUGAUGAGAGUGUGUCGAUCUAAAAUUUUUUGCACAAGAUAAAGCAGAAAGAAAUAGCGGAUCUGCAAAUCGAUCUGGGGCUGGAAAUAUGGAAUUGCUGCUUGGUUACUCAUGUUUGGUCCGAUCUAUAUACUAAUGGGAUGUUGACACCAUUUUACGAGGAAAAUAAAUGCAAACAGGGGGUUAAUCAGAGCCAAAAAGCGCUAGGAUUUACAACUACAAUCGCAACCAUUCUAAUCAGACUACUACACGGUGUGUCAGUCUAAAAAGAAUUUGCGCACCAUGAGACAUAGAGAAGCACAAUCACAAAAAAGCAAACUCAACACAUUUAUUUCCACCAUACGUGUAUUCCGUAGUGCGCGCGUUGCUCCAUAACGUCGCGCUGCUUAAGUUCUGCACUGUCUUCAUAGCUUCCACGGUAAUUGGUAUCCGUCUGGAGGAACGAGAGAAGAAGUUGCCAGAACACACAACCCUAGAAGAAGCCUUAAAUUCAUUUUCGUCAGAACCAGGUCCACUUGUAAAAUUAUCCCCCACAUCAGAGCAAGAACCCUCGCCAGCCACCUCUUUUUUGAGAAGCAAGCACCAGCAACCUAUCGGUGCAGCGCAAGCAGCAACAGCUGCUACUGAGACUCUAGAUACUACAAACCUAGAUACCAUUACACCCUCUUUAUCAGAUUUGGAAGCAGUUGCUCUAGUAACUGAUUCGUUCAGCAAAAAGAAAAAUACAAUGGGCCGCGAGGAGAAACAGCAAGCCGGCUCAGCUGGUUUUGUCGGCCACAGCCCCCAGCAGCGGGAUGGAACUACAGAUAGCAGCGAGACGAGGCAAGAUCAGCAUGAAAUAACUACGCCGAGCAAACAGCCAGUUUCAUCUGCGCUUCCAAAUAGUGCUCCCAAUCUUGGCAAAAUCGACCCAAAGGAUGUGGUCGUUUUCUGUGACUAUGACGCCACGAUAAGUACACGGUUUGUCACGGUCCAAAACCCCAAAACCGGCCAGCUGGAGAAGCAAAAGGGCCUCACCGCGGUCCAGCUGGUCGAGCACUGGUCGCGACUACCCCCUUCGUACCACGACGCAGCCCUGAAGACGCACAACCACUACUUCGCGAUCGAGAACGACGCAAGCAUGAGCAAGGAGGUGAAAACCCCGUUUAUGAUCGAGUGGUACGAAAAAACGAUUGACGCGACCGUGGAGAUAGCCGAACAGAUCAACUUUCGCGAAGGCGACCUGCCCAGCAUCGUGCAGGACAAUUUGGACAAGGUGCAGAUUCGCCCGGGGAUGCCGGAGCUCAUCAAGAUUUUGAAGGAAAAACAAAUCCCCUUGGUCAUCAUCUCCGCGGGCUACGGAAACAUCAUCGAGGAAGUGUUGUCGCAGAACGGGAUUGCGAGGUCGGACUACGUAAUCUGGAGCAACCAGUUCGAGUUCGAUACAGCAGAAAGAACAACAAACCCGCGCGGCGGGUUGCUGAAAGCCGUGAAGCCGCCUCUGCUGCACAUGUACAACAAACAACUCUGGAAGAGCGGUGAGAGGAACCCGGCCGUACCCGAAGCGGUUUGGGCCGCCAUCGGGCAGAGGAACACCGCGAUUUCCAUCGGGGACUCGCUAGGCGACGCACAGAUGGGCGACGCGCCGCAGUUCGUGAAGCGCUGGAAGUUUGGUUUGUUGAACUACAACGAGGACGAGCUCCGGGCGCAGUACGAGGCGGCUUUCGACGUCGUGUUUGCGGGCGACGGGCCAGCCUGGCCGAUCCUGGAAAAGAUCAAGAACGCGGUGGAAGUAGGACAUAUUGAUACAACGAGGAGAACACCAGAAGUCGAUGUUGUUACAACAGCUACGAGUAGUUGUACUUCUGCCAUUGGUAGUACGCUGUCACCAAAAAUUAUUCCAGGAAAAGGGAACAACAUGUUGGAUGAAGAAGAAAACGAGAGUAGUCCAUCGGUCACCACCGACGCACAGAAGUUGCUCAGUGAGGAACAGCGAAAUGCGGGCCAGCGGGGCGUGGUUGCCGCAGCGGCAGCGGACGUGUAAAGGGUGACGAAGGGAGGUAAUAUGCACCUAUCGAGCGCAGGAGGAUGAGAAUCUUGUUCGUUGUAAAUGCGACCACUACACCGUUUCAUGUAGUAUACUCCAAUGUUGGUGUUGGAGGAUUUGGAAAGAAAGCAUAUGCACCUGUUGUUUCAAAGUAAUUUUUCAGGAGGUAAGUUUGCUUCGAAAAAAUGAAAAUGAAUCUAUCCGAUGUAAAGUUCCUUCUAUUCAUCUACAUGAGAGUGGUUUCGGAGGUGAAGGAGUGCGAUCGGGAAACGUAGACAGAAAACUUUUCACUACAAUUCUUGGUCGUGGACAAGGGUGGGCGAUUCAAAUUCGACGAAUGAAUGAACGUCUUUUUUCCCCAUUUUUUUUUUGAGUAUUUUCGAAUACUACGUCUACGGGUAAAGAUGAGGCCGUUUGUGCCCACGCAGGAUCG